AUGUGUAACCCCCGGCGGGUCUCGAGGGAAUCGAGCCGGGCGUGGCUGGGCUUGGAAGGUGGAGCCGACCCCGCGGGAGCAGCCCACCCGCCUCUUCUGCCACCAACCACUCCCAUCGCCAACGACCCCACCAGCCAGCCAGCGCACCCGAACCGCAUCUCAUGGCCAUCGACCAGCUCACCUGAACACGGCCAGCACCACCCGGCUUGCUUCCACUCUGCCCGGCUCGCUCGAACACCUCUUCGAACGGCCACUCCCCACUACCGCCUCCCGAUCGCGAACUCGGCGCUCAAGAAAGCCUUAAUAGCCUCCCAAAUAUCCAUCGACCCCCUCUCAAGACCUCUGACUGCUUGCUUGCUCGAUCACCCAUCUCAUCCUCAAGACCCAUCCCACUCAGCACCCUACACCCCGAGAAAAACUCAUCCUCCCCCCUCACCCCUCCGCAAGAAGAAAAAAUAA